AUGGCUGAAGUCAAGACAAGCCCCGAAGUAGCUGCAAGUAGCUACAAAUGUAUUUUGACGGUACAAAUAAUCAUGUAACACCCGAACAAAUUCGUAUAAAUGUUAAAAAACGUUAAACACUGUAGAGUAUAAAAACGCUAUGAAACAUUUAAUCAAUAUCGAAGAAAAAAAGAAAAAAAGAGCGAAUAAAAAGCGAUAUAAACAGCGAUAUAAACAGCGACAUAAGAUAUGUGAUGUUUAUUUAAUUUAUACGGGCUGAUAACCGGCGGUCACUGGGGAAACGUUCACAGAUAAUACAAAACAUGGCUGAAGUCAAGACAAACCCCGUGACCCGGCGUGAUUGACAGGUGUGACGCACAUCCGGUGUCGGGUGUGCGAUACUCACUGAGAUAGUCACGCGGGAUAGUAUUACGUGGUAUUUUUUUAAUGUUUAUUUACGAGGGUUGAUAACCGGUUGUCGCUGGGGAAACGUUUCACAGAUAACACAAAACAUGGCUGAAGUCAAGACAAACCCCGAAGUAGCUGCCGAACAGAAAGAGAAGGCAAAGACAAACCCUGAAGUAGCUGCCGAACAGAAAAGACUUGAGGAGGCAAAGAGAAUUGUUGAAGGGGAAAAUAGCGCGUUGGCGUAUAAUUCAGACGGCGAUUGGUUUGACGAUGAAGAUUUUGAUUUGGAUUUUUCAAAUUCACAAGGUUUCUUUCAAGAAAGCAUGGGUCGACGGGCUGAAUGA